CGUUUGAUGUUUUUGUUGAUUUCUCCUCCUCUUCCCCACACCCACUAUAAAGUUAAAGUUGGUUCAACAAUAAAGAAAUUUGGCACCCUUUUCCCAUUUCUACUCACAAAUUUCCCUCAACCCAGUUUUCCCUUUUCUCUCUCUUCCUCUUCCUCUUCUUCUACUUCCAACCCAAAGAACACAUAUAUAUCUCUAAAAAGUUGAACCCAAAAGUAGAAUUCCAACGAGCAAGCAACCCAUUUUUCAGUUUUUUAGAAAAAACCAGAUUUUAUUGAGAGAAGAAAGAGAAAGGGGUUGCUCUAAUGAGAGAUUUCUUUCAGCAAUUCAGCAUGUAGCUGAGGGAGAAGCUUGCAAGUAGAGAGAGAGAGAGAGAGGGAGGGAGGGAGGGAGAAAACCCUUGUCUCUGAUUUUUCUUUUUUCCCUUUUGGUCGUUGUGUACUGCUUUUUGGAGGGUACUGUUUUUUUUCUCUGUUGUUUUUGGUUGAACUUUUUUGGGUUUUUAGUGGUUUGUGUUCUUCGAUCAACUGUUGUGGGUUUUAUCCGAAUUUUUUUUGCGGGUCUUUUUGAGCACGAAUUUGCAGAGGACUUUCGGCAACUGGGUCAGUUCUAGUGGGUCAGAGGGUUGUCUCCUCAGAAAGAGGUUGUUGUGACCUAGCUCAGGGUGAGAACGGUUGUCCUCUUUAGCGUCAAGACGAUCCUCUGAACGACGAAGGUACGAGAUGGAUUAGAGAGGCUAGGGAAUGGAUAAAUUCCUUGGCCCUGUCGUUUCGAACCAUUUUUGGGGUUUGGUAGGGAUUUUUGUCUGUACUUUCUAGGGAAAUAAAUUAAUGCAAGGAAGAUGGGAAAGAAAGGCAGUUGGUUUUCAGUUAUAAAGAGAUUUUUCACUUGUCAGUCAGGAGAGCAGGUUCAUGAGAAUAACAGCAGAAAUGAAAGGAAAGGAGAUGGGAAAGGAGAGUCCACUUCUUUCAUUCCUAUCUUUAGGAAGCCGAGCAGUGUCGAGAAAAUCUUUAGUGAUUUUGAGAGGGAGCAGCAAAUAGUAGCUUUCCGGCCUCCGGCUCCUGAACGGCCAUCUACACCACCCUAUAUACCUUCUCAACCAGCUCCCACUCGUGCUCCUUCUCCUCCUAGAGCUGCUCCUGCCAAAGAACCAUCUCCAAAGAUUUCCCCUCCUACAGCUGCUCCUGCCAAAGAACCAUCUCCCAAGGUUCCUCCUCCUAGAGUUGCUUCUCCUCCUCGAGCUUGCUCAUCAUCAACAGUUGUCGAUCAUCACAAGGAAGUCAAGAACAUUCCAACCAUUGUCGAUCCUCAAGAGGAAGUCACCCCCAUUCCAACGGCUGUGAAUCAUCGCGAGGAAGUCAGCUACAUUCCAAAACCAACCGUGACGAACCAUCAUUCUUCUGCUACUAAGAUCCAAGCAACCUACAGAGGUUAUGUGGCGAGGAAAAGCUUCAAAGCAUUGAAGGGUCAGGUGCGGCUUCUAGGUGUUAUACGAGGGAAUAACGUGAGACGCCAGACAUUGAAUGCUAAGAAACAGAUGCAACUUUUGGUUCGAGUGCAAUCAGCUAUACAAUCACGACGAAUUGAAAUGCUGGAAAACCAGAGGCAACUCCAGGAUCAUCCCAAUGAUAAAGAAGCUCACAGUACCUUUGAUGCAUCCGAGGGAGGUAACCAUGAAGACUGGGAUGAAAGCUCAAUAACAAAGGAGGAAAAAGAUGCCCGAUUGCAGAGGAAGGUAGAAGCAGCCAUUAAACGAGAACGUGCAAGGGCAUAUGCAUACUCCCAAUCCCACCAGAGAACCACUCCAAGAUUGGGACAAGAUUCUCAAAUGGAUACUUGCGCCAUGGGAGUUCCAAGGUGGUUGAAAUGGUUAGAAGGUCAGUUACCUACUGAAGGUUCUCCAAAGCAUCCUCUACCAAGACCUUUAACUCCCCAGCCGGAGCAGAAGUCAAGCCCACGGUCUCCUUCAAGCAACAUUAGACGACAGAAUUUCGGCUUAGAUGUUAGGGAUACUCCCACACCAAAGUCCACAAAAUCAACAGCAUUCUCAAAUGCAAAGCCUGCUCGGUCACCACUCCGAUUGAGAACCCCUCAAACAGCAAGGUCAACCAUCUCCAACGAUUCGAGAUCACGAGGCAGCCGAGCAUUGUCUCCUUUCGACAUGAGGUUAAAGGAUGAUGACAGCCUUGUUAGCUGCCCUCCAUAUAUGGCACCACACUAUAUGACUCCUACAAUUUCGGCCAAAGCAAAAGUUCGAGCACGUAGUAACCCAAGGGAGAGAUUUCCAGGUACGCCAAGGAGCGACGCAUCUAGCAGAAGACAAUCAUUUCCUCCAACGCAAAGUGUUGGAUCGUAUAGAAACAGAGGUUUGAUGUCGUCACCGAAAGAUCAUGCAACAUUAGAUGACAACCAAUCUUUGCGAUCGGUCGGGAACUUCAGCUUUGCUUCACUACCAACUGGAGUUAGAAGGAAACCAUUUAACAGAUUUGUGUGAUUUAGUUAACCCAUCUUCUUGUUCCUGUGUUUCUAAUGAUAAAAUUUGAGUGUAUUUAAUGUUAUAUGGUUUUGUGUUGCAAAAAAUACUGAUUUGUAAUAAGAAACUCAAGGUUUGGAA